CGAUAGCACCAUGGCAACGGAUUGUGUGUAAACAAAAGUUUUGAUGAAUGAAGACUCGUGCACUGUUUCUGUAAUCGUCAAUCGAUGGUGUUAAAUCGAUAUGAAUUUUCCCUGAUGGAUCAAAAUUAAUGUGUGUGCUGUUGCGGUAGAAAAUGACGCUUUAUUUCGAUAGCAAAGUCCAGUUUCUGGAUAGUGAAGCAAUAAGUACCGUUAGCUGCUGGCAUCCGAACGAGUCGAUCUUUGCAGUCGCUUCCUAUAGCAAUGAACGUGGCGGCUCCGUGACCAUCUUCGACGAUACGGGUAUCCCAUUGCGAAACGUAACCUACCCGGUGCAUUCAACGUCGCAGGCCACGGUACUCACGUGGCAUCCGGAGAAAAAGAUUCUGCUGAGUGGAUGGGAGAAUGGGGAAAUUCACGCCUGGUUCGAGGGAAAGCGUGACUUUACCACCAUCAAUGGGCCGCACAAGUCGCCGAUCGUACUGCUGGAGUUCAGUGAGAAGGGUGGCCGGGUCAUAACGGCAGACGCCAUGGGAGUACUGACCGGAUGGCGCUACGAUGGGCACGGGCAGUUUUUGACCAUGUUCAAUCACGACCUGCGUGAUCCGUUGUUGCACAUCACGUUCCGGAAGUCCAUUGAAAGCGCCAGCAACAGAGAGUUGACUAGUUUGGCAAAGGCGGCAGUGGCAGGUGAUGAGGCAGCGCUGGAUACUCUUACGACUUGGAGGCCAAGAACAGCCGUGCGAAAUUUGGGACAUACCACUUUGCAGGACAAUUUUUGCUUCUACGCGUGUACACAAACCGGUGUUCUUUACUACAUCAAUCAAACCGGAACCUGUACGGAAAUUGUCCGUGGGGAUAGUAUUCCUAUCAUACAAAUAUUGUGGCAUCCGAGACAGGACUCCAUCGUACUGCUGUUGGAAGACAUAACAAUAGGCCACUAUGAGGUGGACGGUAAUGGGCAAAUCGCCGAGCUGGAUCGAGUUAAGCUGUCCGGUUCGGUAAAAGUAUCCGGCAAUAAAAGUGCCAUCACGUGGGUGGCAGGAGUAGGGGCCGCUUUAGCCAUCCUCACUGGGGAUUUAUCGGUACGAAUUUGGGAUAUCGAAAGUAAUGAUAAUUACGUCUUAUCGAUGGAACUGAACAGUGGGACAAAUUUCACCACAAACAACUUACCAAUGAAAAGUCCCGUCGUAGAGGCUUUCACGUGUGUUGCAUACUGCAAAGACAACCAAACGUUAAGUGCUGGAACAAAUCAAGGCAAUUUGUACACCUGGCGACGUUUAAAUAUCAACAGGUCGUACGACUACCCGGAGAACCAGUGGCAGCUUACGAAUGUGACCCCCGUUCGUGGAACCAUUAAAAGUCUCACCUGGGGCAUUACGGAUACUAAUCGACCCUGCAUGAUGGUAAACUGUCUGUCCAAUGUGUUUAUUCUGAAGGAACAAGCACUGCUUUCCUGUCACACCAGAACCUUGUGGGCCACCCAGAAAAAGUCAAACGAACUGGUUCUGGUGCAGCAAAAUCUAUCCCUAUCCGCGACCCCGGUCGGGAGUGAUGGAGGUGAAGCCGGGCGACGGACGGCCGUGAUGAAAAGCGAUAAUUCCAUCAUCCAUCUUGCGUUGAGCGAAAUAAAUCUUGUCGUAACGAAUGGUCGUACGGUGGCCGUCUAUCGAGUGAGCGGAGGUGGGCCCACGUUGUCAUCGGCGUCCUUGUCUAGGGCGACGGGCGGUGAUGAAGAUGCCGAUGCACUAUCCAUCACGUAUGUCGGCAGUUUCGGCGUUGAUUGUGUGGCAAUUUACCUGUACGAGCAGAACGUGGUUACGCUGGGAGCGGAGCAGGUGAAAAUUUACUCACUCAGCGGGGUUGUGCUGCAGGAGAUAUUUUUCAACGAAAAUGAAGGUAAACCAAUUGGAGCGGAUCUCCUCGGCCACUUUCUCACCGUGUUUACCCUGAAUGGUUACCUAAAAUUGUUCGACAUUUCUCGCCACGAGAUGAAGUUGGUCCAACCACCAAAAUGUGCCUAUGAUCUGUUCGAAAAGUUUGGCGAAAUCAUUUCGGCCAAGGCCAACUCUGCCGGAACCCAUCUGGCUCUUACCAUUGCCAACGAACAGCUGCUACCAGAUGGGAAGCUCUAUCUGUACAACCUGGAGAGUAAUAAUAUUAAAUACUAUGAGUUCUCCAGUCGAGCUGGUGGGAAUAGCGUAAUUCAGCACUUGCCAAUUGAUUUCUUCUGGGACAUGGACGACCCGAGGAUGUUGGCAUGCGAAACGAAACCAAUUCCCGGACAGGGGCAGAAAGGAUUGUCCGGUAAGGGCAGUACCAUUCCAGAGUCUCAAAUCAACAUAUUAUUUGUGGAUCAGAAGUCACAACUCAAAGAAUUGGAAUUGAUCGAGCUGAGCAGUGGAGAACAGCUCAUUAACCUUUGCAUUCCUCACGUAGUGAUUUUGAAACUCAACCAAAUCGAGCGCAUUCCACUGAGAGAUUUUAAAGGUUUAGAAGACUGCGACUUGACCACGAGGAAUAUGGUGUUGAACUUCAGUUUGAAUGUGGCCCAGGAGAACAUGGAUCAGGCCUUCAGCUGCAUUCGAUCGCUCAAAUCGGACACGGUUUGGACAAACUUGGCCAAGCUGUGCGUUCAAACAGGUCGGCUGGAUGUAGCGAAGGUAUGCUUAGGUCACUUGAAGCGCGCUAGAUCUGUGAGAGCCUUGCGCAAAGCUAUGGAAGAUCCUACCCUAGAACAUGACAGUAGAGUUGCUAUCCUAGCCAUUGAGUUAGACAUGAUACCGGAAGCGGAAGCUCUUUACAAGAAAGCUGGGAGAUACGAUUUACUAAACAAGAUGUAUCAAGCAGCGGGAAGGUUUGAUGAGGCUUUGGAAAUCGCUGAACAUUUGGAUCGGGUUCACCUGAAGAACACUUAUCACAAAUACGCGGAAUGGUUAAAAGAAAAUGGUCAGACUCAAAAAGCGAUUCAGUACUACGAGAAAACUAACAAUCUAAUGCAUAAUGUUAGUCAGCUCCUCAUCGACGACCCAACGGCACUCAAGAAGUACAUGCAAAACACAAAAGAUCCUGAGCUACUUAAAUGGUGGGCGCAGUAUAUUGAAAGCAGUGGAGAUAUGGAAGGCGCUUUCAAGAUUUACCAAAAAUCCGAAGACUGGUUCUCACAAGUUAGAAUCUUGUGCUUCAUCGGGCAAGUCGCAAAGGCGGAUGAAAUCGCUCGAAACAGUGGGGAUCGUGCGGCUUGCUAUCACCUUGCCAGAUACUACGAAAAUAGCGGAAAAUUCUCAGAAGCUAUACAGUUUUACACUCGAGCGCAAACCUAUGGGAACGCAGUAAGAAUAUGUAAGGAGAACGAUCUACAAGACGAUCUUUGGACGGUCGCUUGUACAGCUCGGCCUCGAGACAAAGCAUCGGCAGCCGGGUACUUCGAGGAAAACGGAGACUACCGCCGGGCUGUCGAAUUGUAUCACCGUGCUGGUAUGCUUCAUAAAGCGGUGGAGAUGGCUUUCAAGUCCCAACAACCGGAAUCGCUACAGGUGAUUGCUUCGGAAUUGGACUCUAAUUCGGACCCUGAGCUGGUCGCUCGCUGUGCCGAAUUUUUCAUAGGCAUCGAACAAAAUUACAAAGCAGUUCAACUGUUGGCAAACGCUCGACAGCUGGAAAAAGCUCUGCAGGUGGCUUCCGACCAUUCAGUCCCGUUGACAGAGAGCUUGGCAGAACUUUUAACCCCCAACAAGGACGAAGUUUCGGACGAACUGCGAGUAAAAAUCCUAAUCAAACUUGGGGAAGUUCUCCAGGAGCAAGGAGAUUACCACUCAGCAACGAAAAAGUUCACACAAGCUGGAGACAAGAUACGAGCCAUGAAGAGUCUAUUAAAGUCCGGUGACACGGAAAAGAUCAUCUUUUUUGCCGGUAUGUCUCGCCAAAAGGAAGUAUAUGUAAUGGCAGCAAACUAUCUGCAGGCACUGAACUGGCAAAGCGACUCGAAGGUAUUGAAAAAUAUUGUGACGUUCUACACCAAAGGGCAGGCCUAUAAUCAGCUGGCGAACUUCUAUGCGAACUGCGCUCAGGCUGAGAUUGAUGAGUUUCGUGACUACGAUAAGGCUCUGAAGGCACUCCAGGAAGCAGGCAAAUGUGUAUCGAGAGCUACUCCACCGUCACAGAAGAUUAACGAUACACUACAAGGCGCUAUGAUGGAAGUCCGAAAAGUGAUCGACUUGCAGGAUGCUGUUGAACGAGGAGAAUUUCUAGCUGCGAUCAAAAUUUUGAAGGUCAAAUUGGAAGAGCAGGUGGCUCCACCGGUCAGAGUUUGGGAUCUGUUGGCACUGCUGGUCGAGUGUUUGGUCUCAACGAGCCAAUACUCGGAAGCGCUAUACUAUUUGAAACAGUUGGCACAGAAAAAAUCGGACUGGUACCAGCAAGAGCUGAUCGAGAAGACGUUGCUGGACAAGCUGGUGGCAGAGACGGGGAUCAACUUGGAACCGUAUGUGAGCGUGUCCAGGGUGCAACGGCCGCUAACUUCAUCGACGGUGACCAUCGAUAGUGACGAGGAGGAGAUUCAGGAGGAGUUUGAGCAUUAGGUUUUGAGUGUUGAAUAAAAUUAGUUUUUGUAGUUUUGU